GGGGGGGAUGUACCGGCCGGAAGGUGAUCCGGAUCUACAUCCGGUGCGCUGGGAACGGCGCCGUGGAGUUGGGUGGCUGGCGGACAUCUUGGAGCUGCGGCGGCUCUGUAACGGCAGCUCUUUUGAUCCUGCGUUUGACACAGCCGGCUGAAGGGGAAACCUUGUUCCACACUCACCAUGACUGAUUCUAAAUAUUUCACAACAACCAAGAAAGGAGAAAUCUUUGAACUCAAAGCAGAACUCAAUAGUGACAAGAAGGAGAAAAAGAAAGAAGCAGUGAAGAAAGUGAUUGCAUCAAUGACCGUUGGCAAAGAUGUCAGUGCCCUCUUUCCUGAUGUUGUAAACUGUAUGCAGACAGACAAUUUGGAGUUGAAGAAGCUGGUGUAUCUCUAUCUAAUGAACUAUGCAAAGAGCCAACCAGAUAUGGCGAUUAUGGCUGUCAACACUUUUGUUAAGGACUGUGAAGAUCCCAAUCCACUUAUCAGAGCGCUGGCCGUAAGAACAAUGGGCUGCAUCCGUGUGGAUAAAAUUACUGAGUAUUUGUGUGAGCCCCUGCGAAAAUGUCUGAAGGAUGAAGACCCUUAUGUACGAAAAACUGCUGCUGUCUGUGUAGCCAAACUACAUGACAUCAAUGCACAGCUGGUAGAAGAUCAGGGAUUUCUGGACACUUUGAAGGAUCUGAUAUCUGACUCCAAUCCAAUGGUCGUUGCAAAUGCUGUGGCUGCUCUGUCGGAGAUUGCAGAAUCUCAUCCAAACAGCAACUUGUUAGAUCUCAAUUUUCAGACAAUCAACAAGCUUUUAACAGCCUUAAAUGAAUGUACUGAAUGGGGCCAGAUAUUUAUCCUUGAUUGCUUAGCCAAUUACAGCCCAAAGGAUGACCGUGAAGCUCAAAGCAUCUGUGAGCGUGUGACACCACGUUUAUCUCACGCCAACUCAGCUGUUGUCCUGUCGGCUGUUAAGGUUCUGAUGAAAUUCAUGGAAAUGCUUUCAAAGGACUUGGAUUACUAUGGCACUUUGUUGAAGAAACUGGCUCCCCCGCUGGUAACGCUGUUGUCUGCAGAACCAGAGCUCCAAUAUGUUGCCCUCCGGAAUAUCAACCUCAUUGUACAGAAAAGGUCUGAGAUUCUUAAGCAUGAAAUGAAGGUUUUCUUUGUAAAAUACAAUGAUCCAAUAUAUGUGAAACUGGAAAAACUGGAUAUUAUGAUUCGAUUGGCUUCUCAAGCCAACAUUGCACAGGUUUUGGCAGAAUUGAAGGAGUAUGCCACUGAAGUAGAUGUUGACUUUGUGCGAAAAGCUGUGCGUGCAAUUGGACGAUGUGCAAUUAAAGUUGAGCAAUCAGCAGAACGCUGCGUGAGUACGCUACUUGAUCUCAUUCAGACAAAAGUAAACUACGUCGUCCAAGAAGCUAUUGUAGUAAUAAAGGACAUUUUCCGUAAAUACCCAAACAAGUAUGAAAGUGUUAUUGCAACACUUUGUGAAAAUCUGGACUCAUUGGAUGAACCAGAAGCAAGAGCGGCGAUGAUAUGGAUAGUUGGAGAGUAUGCAGAAAGAAUUGACAAUGCUGAUGAGCUAUUAGAGAGCUUCCUGGAAGGAUUCCAUGAUGAGAGCACACAGGUUCAACUGCAACUUUUGACUGCUAUUGUGAAACUGUUCUUAAAAAAACCUACUGAGACGCAAGAGCUGGUGCAGCAAGUUCUAAGCUUGGCGACACAGGAUUCUGACAACCCUGACUUGAGAGACCGUGGCUAUAUAUAUUGGCGUCUGCUUUCUACAGAUCCAGUGGCAGCAAAAGAAGUUGUAUUGGCAGAAAAACCUUUAAUUUCAGAAGAAACUGAUCUUAUUGAGCCAACGCUCCUUGAUGAAUUAAUUUGCCAUAUUGGAACCCUGGCCUCUGUGUACCAUAAGCCACCCAGUGCAUUUGUGGAAGGCAGCAGAGGUGUUCAACAUAAGAGGCUACCACCACGAUCUGGAUCAAAUGAAAGUACUGAGAGUCCUGAAGUUGCUGCAUCUGCUGCACCCCAGCCUACUGAGCAACAACCUGCUGUUAUUCCAUCCCAGGGAGAUCUUCUGGGUGAUCUUUUGAAUCUUGACCUUGGCCCUCCCGUCAAUGUACCCAUCCCCUCUUCAACAGUUCAGAUGGGAGCCAUGGACCUUCUUGGUGGCGGGUUGGACAGUUUGAUGGGCGAUGAAACUGAAGGGCUUGCUGGUGAUCUAGGCGGAAGUCCAGCAAUAGGCGCUGGUUAUGGGACCCCAGCAGUGAUGCCGACAUCCUUGAAUGCAACGGUAGGAGGCGGCUUAGGUGAUCUGUUUGAUCUUGCCGGUGGUAUAGGCGUUUCUUCUGGUUCCUACGUGGCUCCUAAAACUGUUUGGUUGCCUGCUGCAAAGGCCAAAGGUCUUGAAAUUUCUGGCACAUUUUCACGUCGCAUAGGUCAUAUUUAUAUGGAUCUCUCCCUGACAAACAAAGCCAUGCAAGUAAUGACUGACUUUGCAAUCCAGUUUAACAAAAAUAGCUUUGGAAUAAUACCAGCUGCUCCCCUGCAGGUCAAUGCACCACUUACACCCAAUCAGACAAUUGAGGCUUCUCUCCUUUUGCACACAGUUGGUCCGGUUAUGAAGAUGGAUCCACUCACCAACCUACAGGUUGCGGUGAAAAAUAAUAUUGAUGUCUUCUACUUCAGCUGCCUGUACCCAAUUAAUAUCUUGUUUCUGGAAGAAGGAAAACUAGAUCGACAGAUAUUUUUAGCAACAUGGAAGGACAUUCCAAAUGAAAAUGAAGUACAGUUUCAAAUCAAAGACUGUCAUCUCAAUGCAGAUGCUGUCACUGAUAAGCUCUUUAACAAUAACAUAUUUACUGUUGCAAAGAGAAAUGUUGAAGGGCAAGAUAUGUUGUAUCAGUCCCUAAAACUAAGCAAUGGGAUCUGGGUUUUAGCAGAGCUAAGAAUCCAACCUGGCAACCCUAAUUACACGUUAUCGUUGAAGUGCAGAGCCCCAGGGGUAACCCAACAUGUUUUCCAAGCAUAUGAAAUAAUUUUGAAGAAUUAAGCUAUUUGAUCACCUGUCUGGCAGAAGAUCUCAGCAUCUUAUGUGUUAAAUUUUCUUUAUUUCAGAAGCCUAUAAGCACUGAUAUGGACAGAAUUUAUAAAAUGUGACACCUUGGUGCCACUGAAGUUACAUUAUUGUGAAGGGUAUUUAUUGUAUACUCAAGAUCUGAGUAUAUUAACCCAUUGACACUAAAGUCUAUUGUACAAUCUUAGUAUAUCUAAAUCCAUUAUUCUGCUAAUAACUAGCUUUAAAUACAAGAUUCAUAUAUUUACAAUGUUGAUUUGUCUCAGAAACCAGUCACAUGAAUAUAAUGUACUAUCAUGACAUGGUGAAUUGCCGGGUAUGUGAAGAGGCUGUGCUCAAUACGCACCAUUCCAGCUAUUGGGUAAUUGUCCUUGUUUAAAUUUGUAUCUUCCUCAUGAUGUGUGAUGUAACUUUGAAAUUUUGUGGUAUGACAUUUUGUGUAUUUGUACACUAGUAAUAUUGGUUCAUGCUGAUAAUAUGUUGCUUUGGGCCCCAACAUUGCCAAUACGGUGUUGAUAAGUAGUCAUAUCAGAAAUAAACUGGAACUUGUGGGGAAAAAGUAUCCAGGUGGCUGAUUUGAAUGUGUAAUAAAAUGUCAUUUUUAAUCUUUAUUUUAUAUCAUGAUUACCUGAUGAUGCAUCAAACUUGGAAAGAAUUCUCAAUCUUGUUGCAAGCAAGCAUUCAUUUUGGGCUCAUUGUUCUUAUUUUAAGAUGUCUUGCGCAGUAAUGUACAUUCUAAUUACAAAGUUAAUUAUAUUAUUGGAAUGUAAACUUGAGUAAACCUAAACCUAAAUCCAGCAACAUCAAUUGGAAAAUACACUGAGUUGCUGUUAAAACUGCCAUGUCACAUUACUCUCAACUUGGUUGCCUCGUUUCCUUUAUUAUUAUUGUGCAAAAUAACAUAUUGCCCAUUGGGAACAUUAUUUCUUCUGCUAUUCAUUUGAACAUAGAAGGUACUGAAAAUAUUUUGUUUAAGAAUUCUGCAGAACUUUUUUUUUCCAAUCACAAGAAUCUUUCAGAGGUAUUUAACAAGUUUAGAGUAUCCAUGGCCUAACUAUUGGAGAUAAAGACUGGGCAGAGGAUUAUUAAACAUAAAUCUCAAAAAUCUGUACAAGGUCAGCUUUUGUGUGUGAUGUGGAACAGCAAAUUGUUCUGAAAUUCAUAUGUAUUACUUUGGCUCUACACCAUUAUAAAUCAGGGAGAUAAAUUUUUUCUUGAAGUGCUAAAGUAGAGGAAAUUGUGUGCCUUGGAAAAUAGGGGUGAAAAGUGGGUUUGGGUUUAGGGCUGGAAUUGUGUUGGGACUGGGACUUAGCUGUGAUUAGAAUAUACAUUAAUGCUCACUUUUAAUUUUUGUGAGGUAGAACCUUCAGUUAAUGAACAAAUAAAUGAUAAAGCUAUCCGGCUUUGAAUUAUUCAUUAACCACUUCAAGGUGUUCAAAAUCAUAUAAAUCCAAGAGAAAAUAUUGGAUGCCAUAGUACAAGGGAAGAGUUAGAAUUUCUCUGGAUGAAUGGAUCAAGUGGACCAAAUGACAUUCCUCUCAUUAACUUGUCAGUGUAAAAUUUCAACCAUACAAUAUUGAAUGGAAAUAUGGGUAAUACAGUAGAAAAACAAAAGCCUGGCCUGCAACGAGGCCUCCUUUCAGAGGAAGGGCAGUGGGAAGAAAACAAUUUCAAGGAAGAAUAAUAUUUAUGUCUUAAUUUAGUUUCAGAGGGAUAUUUUUGUAAAAGUAUGUCAGUUUUCAUGGCUAACAAUAUUUUUUUACAUAGACCAAAUUAAUUGAAAAGUAUAUUAUAAAUUUUGAAAAUGAACAAUUGUUGAUCAAUCCCUAUAUAUGCUUGUUAUACCAAAACUAGCAUUUGGAAGGUAGGUGGGAAGGAAAAUUAAUCUGGUGAAAAAUAUAAAUUGCAAAUAUUUUAUAUCAACCAAGUGACUAGUCUUCACAAACUGCAAAUGUGCUUGGUCGGAACUAGUCUACUCUGAGCCUGUUAUUUACCUAGAUUAUAGCUUGAUAUUUUUCCGCAAGGGCAUGGUGGGCCUUUGGAACUGGUUAUUGGCUCCUGCGAGAAUGCUAAUUUGUUGAACUACUUUAAUGAUAGGAUGUUUCAUACUAGGGUUGAGGUGACAUCAUAAAGCUGGAUUCUGUAUGACAUUGUUGGCUAAGAUGAACCAAGAUGAAGUAUCAAGAUUUUUAUCCUUAACUGACCUGGGUUUUAUUUUUUAACCAAGGUGUAUUAAAUGUUCUUUGCAA